CUCUCCCACUUGAACCACACCACCAGCCAUUUUUUGUGUUGGAUAUUUUGGAGCUAGGGUCUCAAACUGUUUUCCUGGACUGACCUCAAACCUCAAACCUCCUGCUCCUUGCCCCUCAGGAACUUGGAUUAGCAGGAAUAACCAGCCGGUGGCUUGUUUUGUAAUGUUAGAAAGAUUUUAUAUUGCCCAGCUGGCUUGAACUUGUGUUCCCAAGAGCUGGAAUUACAGAUGCCUGCUAUUAUACCAUUCAAGGCUUGUGCUCCUGGGAAAUCAGGAAAGGUCGUCCACCUUUUGUUCGAAAUGUCCCCCACUCAUUUUUCAUACCUGGUGUGUUAGCUUUCUGUUGAACUAUCAAGUACUCCCAGAUAAUCAACUUAAAAAAGGUUUUGGCUUUCAGUUUUAGAGGUCUCAGUCCAUGGUCAGUUGGCCUGGUCGGUUUGGGCCUCUGGUGGUACAUGAUGGAGGAUAUAGCAGAACAAAAUUACUCACUUAGUGGCCACAGAAGUAAAAGAGGAAGAGAAACGGGGCACACUCACAGUGAAUACUUCCUACUGGGGAUACUUCCGACUGGGCCCACCCUGUUAAGGGUUCCACGUCCUGGGUGGGACCAAGUUUUUAACACAUGCACGUUUGGGGGACCACAAGAUUGAAACUAUAGCAUCUGAAAAGUACAAGUUUAUAUAGAGGAACAACUUUUGUUCUAUUUUUUAUUACUGUUCUACAGGUCAUACUAUACUCAUUCUUUUACUCUUUGGACUUUUUAGUAGCUUUUGACCAAAAGGGAAAAUUUGUUUAAAUUUUGCCCUGCUGAGUUGAACUCUGACCUAUUUGUUUCUGGACUGCCUCUGUGUAAGUUGUACUUAGAGAUAUUUUGCAGUGUUAGAUUUCACUCUGGAUGGAAGAUAACCAGGGAAGGGUAUGCAGACCAGGAGUGAAGCUUCCAUCUGGGGGCAGGCUUGUUUCUAUGUUUGAAAAGCCUUUAGAUAGGGCAUCCUAUCCACAGGUACUGCAUAGGCAAAGGCUUGAAGGUGGGAAUGAGCUGAAUGUGAUUGUUGGUCAGAAACUCAUUUAAAUGGAGUUCUUGAUGAGCCGCGAGGUUGGAGGCCCAGGGUGGGGUGUGUGUGGCUUGGCGAUUUCAUCCUGAAGUGUGUGCAACGGGCCCUGCCUGACUUCGUAGCCUGAUGAUGAGGAUGCCGUGGCAGAAGCACCACCCGAGGCUGUUGGCGGGGACCAGGGUGCUAGUCGGGCCACGCAGGUGAGGGCAGGUGUGCUAAUCCGCGGGUGGGAGAUGAGCCAGAAACCCAGGGUCGUAGUGACCGCGAUCCAGGCCCGGCCUCUUCCAGACCCGAGGCGCCCGCGCGGACUGCAUCGUGGAUCCCCGCGGUGAAGCCUGGUUGUUCAAAGACGAUCUCGUCUUUGUGUUUAGCCUGCACAACGCGAUGGCAGCGAACUGCCCGGAGGACAUCUAACAGAGGCCUCGGGUGGGGAUGCCUGCGGAGGCGGAGCCUUGGGAAGGCGCAGGGCAGAACUGCUCAAUCGGAGGUCGGGGCGGGGCAGAACUGCGGCCGGAGACGCGGAGGAGCGGGAGCCCAAGGACCGUAAGAUACAGAAUCAUGUUUCUGGAAAUUCUCCUCGCCUCAGUGCUGGGCUUUCUCAUCUACCGGUAUAUCUCCUGGAACAAGGAGGAAACUUUGGCACUUGAAGAUGGGUGGUGGGGCCCGGCAAAGCCCACAGCCAGGGAGGACGAGAGCAUCCGCCCCUUCAAGGUGGAAACGUCAGAUGAGGAGAUCAAGGACCUACACCAGAGGAUCGAUAACUUCCGCUGGACCGCACCUCUGGAGGACAGUCGCUUCCAUUACGGGUUCAACUCCAACUACCUGAAGAAAGUCCUGUCCUACUGGCGGAAUGAGUUUGACUGGAGGAAGCAGGUGGAGAUUCUCAACAAGUACCCUCACUUCAAGACAAAGAUCGAAGGUCUGGACAUCCACUUCAUCCAUGUGAAGCCCCCCCAGCUGCCCUCAGGCCGCACCCCUAAGCCUUUGCUGAUGGUGCACGGCUGGCCCGGGUCCUUCUACGAGUUUUACAAGAUCAUCCCACUGCUGACUGACCCCAAGAGCCACGGCCUGAGCGAUGAGCACAUUUUCGAAGUCAUCUGCCCCUCCAUUCCUGGCUACAGCUUCUCACAGGCAUCCAGCAAGAAAGGCUUCAAUUCGGUGGCCACCGCCAGGAUCUUCUACAAACUGAUGCUGCGCUUGGGCUUCCAAAAAUUCUACAUCCAAGGUGGGGACUGGGGGUCUCUGGUCUGCACCAACAUGGCCCAGCUGGUACCUGGCCACGUGAAAGGCCUUCACUUGAACAUGGCUUUCAUUUUAAGAAGCAUCCACACCUUGACCCCUCUCCUUGGACGGCGUUUUGCGCAGUUCUUUGGCUACACAGAAAGGGACAUGGAGCUGUUGUACCCCUUCAAGGAGAAGAUAUUCUACAGCCUCAUGAGGGAGAGUGGCUAUUUCCACAUCCAGGCCACCAAGCCAGACACUGUGGGCUGUGCUCUGAACGACUCUCCCGUGGGCCUGGCUGCCUAUAUCCUGGAGAAAUUCUCUACCUGGACCAACUCAGAAUUCCGAAACCUAGAGGAUGGAGGCCUGGAGAGGAAGUUCUCCCUGGACGACCUGCUGACCAAUGUCAUGCUCUACUGGACCACAGGGUCCAUCGUCUCCUCCCAGCGCUACUACAAGGAGAACAUGGGGCAAGGCCCCAUGGCCAAUAAGCAUGAGCGGAUGAAGGUCUUUGUACCCACUGGCUUUGCUGCCUUCCCUUCGGAGAUACUUCACACCCCCGAAAAGUGGGUGAGGGUCAAGUACCCCAGCCUCAUCUCCUACUCCUACAUGGCCGAAGGGGGCCACUUUGCCGCCUUUGAGGAGCCCAAGCUGCUUGCCCAGGACAUCCGCAAGUUCGUGACGAUGGUGGAGCAACAGUGACACCUACAGGGAUGACCAGGGUCUCUAGGCAACCCUGGACUUGGGGAAGAUGCCCCUUUUCUAAGGAAUGAGUUUUCUUCUGUCCCCUGGUGUGACCUCACACAACCCCCAAUAUGCAGCACCCCCAAUAUGCACCCGUGUUUAGCAGUGUGGCUUUGGUGAUAAAUGAUUUUACUUCUAAGAGCUCCUGGAAGCAAAUGACGUGCGAGAGGGCUGAGGUCACCUGUGGGGUUCCCUCAGAGAGCACUGAGGGUGGCACUGGUCCUGGGAGGGCACUGCGGCCUUCUGUGGCCCUGCUUGCAGACAUGAGUGGGGGUGCUGGGAUGAGGCCACUGGCCCAGACCACCAGUUCCCAAAGGACUGGUGGCAUCGCUAACCCCUCCAGAGCACAGGCCACUUGGAGCAGAGGCAACUGGGCCAGGUGUGGAAAGGUGCCAAGCCCAGGCCGGACAGGCCUGCAGGCAAAUGGGCUCUGCAUAGUGCUGACAGGCCAUGGCCCUGUCCCUGUGGCAUCUCUGCCCCUCACUCCUCUCCUCUGCGCCUGCUUCACAGUCCUCCUGCCUUCCAGGACAGCUUUGGUCAUUGCCCUCCCACCUUGAAAGAAGCCAACACAGGGAGAGGACUGGAUGGAGCCUGCAGGGAGGUGGAACCCCACACACACACCCUCCCACAGAGACAGAGAG